CAUAGUAAUCUUUUUUUUUUUCUGUUUUCAGGGAACUUUAUUGUCCUUUGGUCAACCUGUAGGACCACCGUACUCAAAUCUGUAACAAAUAGGUUUAUGAAGAACCUUGCUUGCUCUGGCAUCUGUGCCAGUUUGGUGUGUGUGCCUUUUGAUAUUGUGCUCAGUGCCAACCCUCAAUGCUGUUGGUGGAUUUACACCCUGCUUUUCUGCAAGACUAUCAAAUUCCUGCACAAAGUCUUCUGCUCCGUGACCAUCCUUAGUUUUGCUGCCAUCGCCUUGGACAGGUAUUACUCUGUAUUGUACCCUCUAGAGAGGAAGAUAUCAGAUGCCAAGGCUAGAGACUUGUUGAUCUACAUUUGGACACAUGCAGUUGUAGCCAGUGUCCCUGUUUUCGCUGUGACUAACGUGACUGACAUCUAUGCCAUGUCUACCUGCUCCCAAUCAUGGGGCUACUCUUUGGGUCACUUGGUAUAUGUCCUGGUGUACAACGUUACCACUGUUCUAGUACCAGUUGCUGUGGUUUUCCUAUUUAUGCUACUCAUUCGCAGAGCACUAAGUGCCAGCCAGAAGAAGAAGGUGAUCAUAGCAGCCCUAAGGACCCCACAGAACUCAAUAUCUAUUCCCUAUGUUUCCCAAAAGGAGGCUGAACUGCAUUCAAUGCUGCUGUCCAUGGUCCUGGUUUUCAUCCUUUGCAGCGUUCCAUAUGUGACACUGAUUGUUUAUCGCACUGUGCUCAAUGUUUCUCAUAUCUCAGACAUUCUCAUACUUACUGCCAUCUGGUUGCCUAAGGUAUCUCUUGUCACAAACCCCUUACUCUUCUUGACUGUCAACAAAUCUGUGCGUAAGUGUGUGGUGGGCACCAUAGUUCAACUUCAUCGGCGAUACAGCAGGAGGAAUGUGGUGAACCUGGGAUCGGUAGCGGAGGUGAAUUUGGAGCCCAGUGUACGGUCAGGGAGCCAGCUUCUAGAGAUGUUUCAUAUUGGACAGCAACAGAUAUUCAGGUCUGUGGAAGAAGAUGAUGAUAAUGAGAUCAAAUCAGAGGCUUCCAGAAGCUACAAACUAAAGGAAAGUAUGCCCAGUAGCAGCACUGAGGUGGAACAUACUCUGGUACAAAAGCUAAUCCCACAGGGUGCUGAAUCAGCAGCACAAGUGGCCCCUGUAAUGCCUGGAGAAGCAGAAAUCCUUAAUGAAAAGUAUUCCGUGCAGUUUGGGUUUGGACCCUUUGAAUUGCCUCCACAAUGGAUGUCUGAUAAACGGAACAGCAAAAAGCGGCUUUUACCUCCUCUUGGAAAUACCCCUGAAGAACUUAUCCAAACAAAGCAGCCCAAAUGUAAAACUGAGCGUAAAUUAAGCAGAAAUAAUAAAGUUUGUAUUAUUCCUAAAGUAGACUCUUAG